AUGGCUGCCCCAAGAGAUCUGGAUAUUGAAAGUGACUACGGCUCUGACAUUUCUCCAGAGGAGGAGUUGCUUCUCAUGAGACUUUGUGCAAAAUACAGCCAAGCCGCAGAGGGCUCUGCCCAUCCCCUACGCCGCACUGAACCCGACGACAGUUCCAAUGUAUACAUACUCCCUGGUCGCGCGAAUAUCAUCCACCAUGAGAACCUUACGGCCGCUGAGGGCAGUGGCAUGUCCACGUCUUUUUCAGUCAUGCAACCGAACCGCGUCGAGUCGCUCGACGCGGAUGUCACCUAUCCCGACUUAAGUCGGGAAUUAGCUGGAAUUUCUGACAAUGGACAUAAUGCUUGUAAGACGCUGGAUGAAAGGGGUGCGGAAUCUGAGGAGUUUGAGGAUGAUUGCUCUCCUCUUCAAAUGUUCCGUUCAUAUCCCCGGAAGCCAUUGAGUGUUACCGACCUUACAGCUGGAGCCUGGUGCGAACUGCAAUACUGGUAUACGCUCACAAGGCUCCCUGGCGGUCGACGGACGUUGACCCCUGCCAUGAAAGGAGGCUCGAUAAUCCACAGGAAGCUUCAGGAUGAAGUACACACCGCAAUCCAGAUCGACGUCUCGACAAAAGAGGAUGGCUUCGCACUGAGAAUGUGGAACUUCAUUCAAGGUCUGAGGACCUUGCGUGAAACAGGUAUAACCCGGGAGUUGGAGGUUUGGGGAAUGGUCAACGGCAACUUCGUGAUCGGAGUGAUCGACGAACUGACCCACGAAAAUCCAAAUGCAGAAUUUGAAAACGACCUCACGGGAAAGUCAAUUCCCGCUCCGAAUCAAAUUCCUUUAAAUAGUUAUUUAACAUCCAAUGGAACACCCACUGAUGCGCUUCCGCCGCCCAAGGUGUACCUCACCGAUGUUAAGACGAGAGGGAAUCGAUCUCCUGUGUCAAAGGCCUUGCUGCGACCUGCAAAGAUACAAUUAUGGCUCUACCAUCGAUUUCUAUCAGACAUCGCUGCUGGAAGGCUUGACUUUGUCAAGUUGUUUCGACGUUACGGACUCGACCCUGAUGAAACGUUCUCUGAUGGUUUUAUUGCUCAGGUGGGAGGCCUCUAUGGUGAGAUCUUCCAUGAUAUGCCAUCACGGAACGUAUCCUGUUGUCACGAACAUGUGACCCAGGACGCGAAGAGCCGUGGCCCCGGGCCGCUAUUAAAGUACCAGACACUCCGAGAACUACUACUGCUCGUGGAAAAGGAAGUGGAGCUCACAUUUCCAGAGGGGCAGAAAUCUUUGGGCCUGAUGCUCCGGCUCCAGUACAUCCACCGCGACGAUGGGGAAGAAAUAGACGUUCACGAUUUUCCUGUCUCCAGUCAGGCCCUGGAUGGGUAUCUUGAACGAUAUAUGGCAUGGUGGCAGGGAGAACGAAAAGCGAGUGGCGUCGAUAUAGAAGAAGCCUUCAAGUGUCACCUGCUGGGGAAGCGAAAGCUCUCCAACGAGGAGUCUCCACCCAACAUUAAGAGGAUUAUGAUGGGCACCAAACUUCUCGAGGUCGAUCACGCGACCAGGAUGCAGGUAGACGAAUCGGUUGUUGGCCAACCCGAAAUCGAUGAAUCCCUUUACAGUCGACAGCUCUACGUCCUCGGCCACGAGGCCAUGAAGCGUAUGGGUGCCUCGAAUGUCCUUGUCAUUGGUCUGAAGGGUCUCGGUGUCGAGAUUGCCAAGAAUAUCGCUCUCGCAGGUGUGAAGAGCCUGACGCUAUACGACCCUGCACCUGUUCACAUGUCCGACCUGUCUGCCCAGUUCUUCCUUACCCCAGCAGACGUUGGCAUCCCCAGGCACGAUGCGACCGCGCCGCGAGUAGCCGAACUCAAUGCUUACACUCCCGUGAAGAUACACAAAUCAUCUGGCCUGGAUGCCGACCUCUCUCAGUUCGACGACUACCAGGUCGUCGUCCUGACCAACACCCCUCUCCAGUCUCAAAAGAGCAUUGGCAAUUAUUGCCACUCCAAGGGUAUCUACGUCGUAGUGGCAGACACUUUCGGAUUGUUCGGUUCGAUUUUCUGCGAUUUUGGCGAGAACUUCACGGUGACUGAUCCGACCGGGGAGACACCCUUGAGUGGUAUCGUUGCUGGAAUCGACGAGGAGGGCCUUGUGUCGGCAUUAGAUGAAACCCGACAUGGUUUGGAAGAUGGUGACUAUGUUACAUUUUCCGAGAUUGAAGGAAUGGAAGGUUUGAAUGGCGCGGAGCCUCGAAAGAUCACCGUGAAGGGGCCUUACACAUUCUCGAUCGGCGACGUGACCGGUUUUGGCCAGUAUAAACGGGGCGGCAUGUACCAGCAAGUCAAAAUGCCGGAGCCGAUCGUCUUCAAAGAUUUCACCGCAUCUCUCAAAGAGCCCGAGUUCGUCGUGUCGGACUAUGCCAAAUUUGACCGACCUCAGCAGCUUCACGUCGGCUUCCAAGCUCUUCACGCCUUCCAACUUUCAAAGGGCCGCCUUCCAAAACCAAUGGAUGAUGAAGAUGCUGCAGUUCUUCUUGGCGCUGCAAAGCUAUUUGUGAAGGAAGAGAACUUGGAAGUUGAACUAGAUGAGAAGUUACUGAAGGAGCUUAGUUAUCAGGCACAAGGCGACUUGAGUCCUAUGGCUGCUUUUUUUGGAGGUAUUGCUGCGCAGGAAGUCCUCAAGGCCGUGUCUGGCAAGUUUCAACCCAUCAAACAGUGGAUGUACUUUGAUUCUCUUGAGUCACUUCCCACGUCGACAAAGCGCAGCCCCGAACUUUGCAGACCACUCGGUUCUCGAUACGAUGGCCAAAUCGCGGUGUUUGGUAGAGAAUACCAGGAGAAGAUUGCAAACUUGACCCAGUUCCUUGUUGGGGCUGGCGCCAUCGGUUGUGAAAUGCUUAAGAACUGGGCGAUGAUGGGCCUAGGUACUGGACCUAAAGGUAAGAUUUUUGUUACUGAUAUGGAUUCCAUUGAAAGGAGCAAUUUGAACCGCCAGUUUCUAUUCCGUGCCAAUGACGUCGGCAACAUGAAGAGCGACUGCGCCGCCAAAGCUGUGCAGCGAAUGAAUCCAGACCUUGUUGGUCACAUUGUGACCUUCAAGGACCGGGUCGGCCCCGACACGGAGGGCACUUUCAGUGAGACUUUCUGGAAUGGACUGGAUGGUGUUACGAACGCGCUGGACAAUGUCGAGGCCAGGACGUACGUUGACCGACGCUGUGUGUUUUUCCGCAAGCCCCUCCUUGAGAGCGGCACACUUGGAACCAAGGGAAAUACUCAGGUUGUUCUGCCUCAUAUUACCGAGUCCUAUUCUUCGUCCCAAGAUCCACCUGAGAAGGAAUUCCCCAUGUGCACUAUUCGAAGCUUUCCCAACAGAAUCGAGCACUCUAUCGCUUGGGCCAAGGAGUACAUGUUUGAAAAAUGCUUCGUCAAAGCACCUCAAACGGUCAACUUGUACCUGACACAACCCAACUUCAUGGAGACCACCCUCAAACAGGGUGGUAAUCAGAAAGAGACACUGGAAAUUAUCCGUAAUUACCUCACCACAGAACGACCCCGUACCUUUGAAGAUUGUAUUGCAUGGGCAAGAAUGCAGUUCGAGACCGAGUUUAACAACAAGAUCCAGCAAUUACUGUACAACUUCCCCAAGGACUCUGAAACUUCGAGCGGAACACCGUUUUGGUCUGGCCCAAAGCGCGCACCCGACGCCCUCAAGUUUGAUCCAAACAACCCGACUCAUUUCGGGUUCGUGGUUGCUGCUGCCAAUCUUCAUGCCUUCAACUUCAACAUCAAGACGCUCGGAAUCGACGAGUCCAUCUACCUGCGUGAACUGGAAAAUGCGAUUGUUCCUGACUUCACCCCCGACGCUAAUGUCAAAAUCCAGGCAGAUGAUAAGGAACCAGACCCCAAUGCUGAUGGAAACGAAGAUGAGGACGAGCUUCAGAAGAUUAUUUCUAGCAUUCCUCCGCCAAGCACGCUGUCUGGUUUCCAGCUGCAGCCAGUCGAAUUUGAAAAGGACGACGAUUCCAAUCACCAUAUCGACUUCAUCACAGCAUGCAGCAACCUGCGCGCCGAGAACUACAAGAUCGAGCCAGCUGAUCGGCACAAAACGAAAUUCAUCGCCGGAAAGAUCAUCCCGGCCAUCGCUACGACCACUGCACUUGUGACUGGGCUGGUAGCCAUGGAGCUAUACAAGGUCGUUGACGGCAAGAAGGAUAUCGAGCAGUACAAAAACGGAUUUAUUAACCUUGCUCUGCCAUUCUUUGGCUUCAGUGAGCCCAUUGCCAGCCCCAAGGUCGUGUACAAGGGACCAGAGGGCAAAGUGACCCUGGACAAGAUCUGGGAUCGAUUCGAGAUUGGUGACGUGACUUUGCAGGAGCUCUUGGAUCAUUUCAAGGCAAAGGGCCUGACAAUUGUCAUGCUUAGCUCCGGAGUUAGUCUGCUCUAUGCCAGUUUCCAUGCCCCAGCGAAGAUGAAGGAACGCAUGGGCUGGAAGCUCAGCCAACUCGUGGAGAACAUUUCAAAGAAGCGAAUACCUGAACACCAGAAGGAGGUUAUCUUCGAAAUGGUGGCUGAGGACAUGGAUGAGGAGGAUGCAGAGGUUCCUUACAUCAAGGUCAGGGUGCGAUAA